AUGAUUAUUGUGCAACUUUCCAAGACGCCAUUGGCCGAACAGCUCAUGCUUGACUAUGCACAGAUCAACACAACCGACACUCAUAGCCGAACAGCGCUCAUGUGGGCUGCAAUGCGCAAUGACCCAGACCAGAUCAGGAUCUUACUCAAGUGGAAGGCUAAUGUCCUCGUGAAAGAUCACGAGGGCCUAACUGCACUUCACUAUGCAGCACGACAAGGUGCGUGUAGAUGUGCGCAGCUUCUCCUCAAAGCCGGUUACGAGCCGGAUAUCGAGGACUUUGUAGGGCGUACUCCGUUGAUUGAUUUCAGCUUCCAUUCGCGUGCCCAGAUCGACCAGAUGCCGCUAUUCCGUCUGCUCGUCAAGUGGACUGCCGGCAACAUCGAUAUAUUACAGGGCUUGCUGAACAUGGGCGUAGAUUUGGAUACAUGCAAUAAAGAUGGGAACACUCCAAUCAUGAUGGCGCUUUCGGAGAAUCGCUUGAACGCAGUACGGAUAUUGCUUAAGCACGGCGCAAAGCUCGACUUUUAUGAUAAGUUUGGUCGCGGCACGCUCAUCCUUGCUGCUUGCUAUGGGAGCACCUCGAUCAUGGAAGCGCUAACUGAAGUGCCGAUCUGCGGGAUUGAUGUCGAGGCAGUAGAUCACGACGGAAACACCGCUCGUGACUAUUUCGAAAAAUAUCGCAUCCGCGACUUUGACGAGGAAAACCCCGACACAGGAGAAGAUCGAGCUGCGUUCCUCGCUCUUCUGGCUAGUGUUACUCUAGAGAAAGCAAUGUGGGAUUGCACACAUCAUGAUGAAAACGAGAAAAACAAUCUGCUGGAUCAAGUCGAGAUGAUUGAGACAAUGCAGGCCGCAUCUUUCGAAAGCGAAACCGCUCUCAAAUUUGGAAACGACGAUGCGGCAUCAUUGUCCACAGAAAGCAGUAUGUCUAACUUACUCUUUCAAUCCUGCACCCUGAUGGGUGACGUUGAAACGGAACACGUUGAGUGUUUUGUCGAUGCUUCCAGUCGCAUCAACAGUUUCGAAGUCUGA